GCGGGUCCCCGGGGCCCUGGAGCCUGGUGGCCGCCGCGGCCGCGCUCUGGCUGGUGGCGUCCAGGGCCCCGGGCGCGAUCGGGGCGGCGCCCAUGAGCCGGGAGGAGAAGCAGAGGCUCGGGAAUCAAGUACUGGAAAUGUUUGAUCAUGCUUUUGGUAACUAUAUGGAACAUGCCUAUCCAGCAGACGAGCUCAUGCCCUUGACCUGCCGGGGUCGGGUUCGAGGCCAAGAGCCCAGUCGGGGUGAUGUGGAUGAUGCAUUAGGAAAAUUUUCCCUCACCUUGAUUGAUUCCUUGGACACCCUUGUGGUACUGAAUAAAACCAAAGAAUUUGAAGAUGCUGUGAUGAAAGUUAUGCGGGAUGUCAACCUUGAUAAUGACGUGGUUGUCUCAGUCUUUGAGACGAACAUCCGGGUGCUGGGGGGCCUUCUGGGCGGGCACUCACUGGCACUCAUGCUGAAGGAAAAGGGGCAUAUGCAGUGGUACCGCGGGGAACUGCUCCAGAAGGCCCAGCAGCUCGGCUACAAGCUCCUCCCUGCCUUCAACACCACCAGUGGCCUCCCAUAUCCCAGAAUUAAUUUAAAGUUUGGGAUCAGGAAGCCGGAAGCUCGGACAGGCACAGAGACCGACACUUGCACAGCUUGUGCGGGGACCUUGAUCCUAGAGUUUGCUGCCUUGAGCCGAUUCACAGGAGCGACCAUAUUCGAGGAAUAUGCCAGAAAAGCCCUCGAUUUUCUCUGGGAAAAAAGGCAGAGAAGCAGCAACUUAGUGGGAGUGACAAUCAAUAUUCACACCGGGGACUGGGUGCGAAAAGACAGUGGCGUUGGAGCUGGGAUCGACUCCUAUUAUGAAUACCUGCUGAAAGCGUAUGUCCUCCUGGGAGAUGACAGUUUCCUGGAAAGAUUUAACACGCACUAUGAUGCCAUCAUGCGAUACAUAAGCCAGCCGCCGCUGCUGCUCGACGUACACAUCCACAAGCCCAUGCUCAAUGCACGCACCUGGAUGGACUCACUGCUCGCCUUCUUCCCAGGGCUGCAGGUCUUAAAGGGGGACAUCAGACCUGCCAUUGAGACGCAUGAAAUGUUGUACCAGGUGAUCAAGAAACACAACUUCCUACCAGAGGCUUUUACCACCGAUUUCAGGGUUCACUGGGCUCAGCACCCUUUGAGGCCAGAAUUUGCAGAAAGUACCUACUUCCUGUACAAAGCCACAGGUGACCCCUACUACCUGGAGGUAGGAAAGACCCUGAUCGAGAACCUGAACAAAUAUGCCCGCGUGCCCUGCGGCUUUGCUGCCAUGAAGGAUGUUCGCACUGGAAGCCACGAGGACAGGAUGGAUUCCUUCUUCUUGGCCGAGAUGUUUAAGUACCUGUACCUGCUUUUCGCGGAUAAGGAGGACAUUAUCUUUGACAUUGAGGAUUACAUCUUUACGACAGAGGCUCACUUGCUUCCGCUUUGGCUCUCCACGACCAACCAAAGUGUCUCGAAGAAGGACUCAACUUCUGAGUAUACGGAGCUAGACGACAGCAGUUUUGACUGGACGUGUCCCAACACUCAGAUCCUCUUCCCUAAUGACCCACUCUACGCUCAGAGCAUUCGGGAGCCUCUGAAAAAUGUGGUGGAUAAGAGCUGCCCGAGAGACGUCAUCCGAGUAGAGGAGAGUUUGAGGAGUGGAGCUAAACCCCCACUGAGAGCCCGCGAUUUCAUGGCCACUAACCCCGAGCACUUAGAAAUCCUGAAGAAGAUGGGGGUGAGUCUGAUUCACCUCAAAGAUGGGAGAGUCCAGUUGGUGCAACAUGCGAUCCAAGCCGCCAGCUCGGUGGACGCCGAGGACGGACUGCGCUUCAUGCAGGAGAUGAUCGAGCUAUCGAGCCAGCAGCAGAAGGAACAGCAGCUGCCACCCCGAGCUGUGCAGAUCGUGUCGCACCCCUUCUUUGGCCGUGUGGUACUCACCGCCGGGCCUGCGCAAUUCGGCCUGGAUCUGUCCAAGCACAAGGAGACGAGAGGCUUUGUCGCCAGCAGCAAACCCUACAAUGGCUGCUCAGAGCUCACUAACCCCGAGGCAGUGACUGGCAAGAUCGCCCUGAUCCAGCGGGGCCAGUGUAUGUUUGCCGAGAAAGCCCGCAACAUCCAGAAUGCUGGCGCCAUUGGUGGCAUCGUGAUCGAUGACAACGAGGGGAGCAGCAGUGACACGGCCCCUCUGUUCCAGAUGGCGGGGGACGGCAAGGACACGGACGCCAUCCGCAUCCCCAUGCUGUUCCUGUUUAGUAAAGAGGGGAGCAUCAUCCUGGAUGCGCUGCGCAACUACGAGGUCGUGGAGGUGCUGCUCUCAGACAAGGCGCGAGACCGAGACGGCGAGAUGGAAGCUGAGGAGCCGCUGGCCUCGGACCAGGAUGCAUCUGGCCCCAUUGGGGAGUUGCAAGCUACCACACCACAGGACAGUGAGCUGGACACAGCUUCAGAGACCCCUGUCCUGGUAGACUCAGUCCUUGAUGCACCCAAGCCACUGAUCACAGAGGACGAAUGCAGGGACCUUAACAGGCCAAGCUGGGAGGCCACAGGGCUCGAGAACAGUGCAGAUUCUGACCCCAAAUCCAGCCCUAACCCUGAAUCCAGCCCCAACCCUGAAUCCAGCCCUGACUAUGAAUCCCACUCUGAUGAUGGCCGGGGCGAGGCGGCACGGCCCAUGGACUCCAUCCUGGCCGACUGGAGCGAGGAUAUAGAAGCCUUCGAGCUGAUGGAGAAGGACGAGCUUUGAGGGCUGACUGCAGCUGACCCCCAAGACCAUCAGCUGCCCCCUGUAGCCCUCCUUUCCUGCCCCUAUAGCACUGCGGGCCAGGGGGCCAUGCCCAGCAAGCUCAGGGCUCUGGGGAGAUAGGGCAGAUGAGGGGUGAGGGGUGCCGUCGUGUUGGGCCUCCCCUUCAGAAGGAGUGUCAGGGUCUAGUGGACGUUUUGGGCUCAGGGUCUUAGCCCUUACGGCUCACCAGUGGAGGGCUUGGUCUCUCCAGCUCUGUCCCCACGUAAACCAAAGUGGCCGCCACCCUGGGCAGCUGGGCCCAGGAUGUACCUGGUCCACCUGGGCUGUAGACAGAGGAGAGGGUAUCCCUUUGGGCCAGGGGGCAGCUAGAAGGUGUCAGGCUACUGGGGGGCUGAUUGUGCCCCACAAGCCCCAGAUGCUUUUCCAGAUAUUAUUGGGGGGAGGGGGGCCCCCACAGGUCAGCCACCUCUGCCCCUUGCAGUGUACCAGGGGCCAGGUUCCCGCCCAGCCAGCUCAGCUGACCCCAUGUCUGGGGUGGGAGGAGUCACCACAGUGCUCUGAGAUCCUGAACCUCCUCUACUUCCCUUUCAAAACUAAUGAUUAUAAAAGUGCCCCACAUCUCUCCCACCUCCCCAGUACCCCAAGUACCCCAUGUCUCUCCCACCCCUCCAUGAUGUCCCUAAAAGAAUCAUGGUUUUGAGGUCACGACUAAAGCCGCUGUUCCUUCUGCAGACCUGAAAAUAGCGGAGGCAGCACCUAGCACAGCCAUAUAGCAAAGGAGGAAGGGGCUUUUUGGUUGUGGGUUUUGGGGAGGGGGAAGCAGGCUGGUGCUGGCCAUGUCUGAAGUCUUAAAUGUGUCGUCCCUGGUCUGGGCAGCCCCAGUCUUGCUAUCAUGCCUUCUCUUACGUCAUUUCUUCCUUUUCCACUGACCCCGAGUCAGUUCUGGGGGGACGUCUGGAAGCUUUCGUUGCCUUUCUGGGUGCUGCAGCAUAAAUGUGUUUCUUCCUGGCCACCCUCUGCCCAACCUGUGUCCAUUCUGCUGCAGUCCAAUGCCAGUGAAGAAGCUGCGAGUCAGAGAGAUUUGUCUGAGGGAGAGGAUGGGGGCAUCAUUGGCCCAUGGGGACACCUGACUCAGUUGUGCGAUUCCUUUUCAGAAGAAGGGAGACUGGAGGGAGGACUAGUUAGGCUUUGCUCUUCACAGUUACCAACCCGCUAGCCUAGCGGAAGCCCCGUUGCUCGCCUUGUUGUGGGUGGGUCAUGAGCAGGCAAUUCACUCCAGAAGGAUCCCAGAAGCCUUAAAGACCCUGACCUAUGCUUAUACCUGGAAUAUGUUGAAUGUUGAACACAGCGAGUCUUUCCAUGACCCCGCCUGCUGCUGUCUUCCUCUGGCCACAAGGGGGCACAGUCUCUCUACAGCAAAUUAUUCUCUUGCUUGCCCAAGCCACACUUGCUGGAGAAAGACAAAUUUGGGGGUUUAUACCCCAAACACCCCUACGUGCCAUUCCUCUGGCUCAGAAAGGCGCGCGCUCCGCUUCCAAACCCCGGCCUGGCCAUCUGUGCUCACAGCCUCCCACUUACCCUGCAGGUCUUGGCGCUUAUGAAGGUUUUUCUUUUUCUUCCAUGUUUCUUUUUUUCUGUUUUAAACCUUUAGGGAAAUGUUACUUAUUUCCAAAAGAUUUGGGGGCUCUGCGAGACCCUGAAUCCUAGAAAACAUCUGGUCUACCUCAGUCAGCUGUUGACUGUAGAGGGCGUGAGACCUGGGAUGGUGAGUUUGUGCAGUGCUUGGUUCAAGCCUGGAAUCAGGGGUCCCAGAGCAAGGUGUUGAAUGCAGGUAAUUCUCAAGGUUUCCAACCUAACUUGUUUACCUGGUUGGAAAAUAAAAUGACUCUAUUCCACUGAAAUGAUAGACACUAAAUCGCAGUACUUUCCCCAUAAAGGUUCAGUGUAAGGGAAUUAUAAUUUACUACGUGUGUUUGGGAUAGGAUUAUUUUGUUAGGUAAGAUUAAAUUGUAUUAGGUAAUUUUUUCUUUUUUCUUUCUUUUUCCCUUUAAUAAGCUUCCAUCGCAAUUGCGAUUGUCAUUUCGGAACAAAAUUCUUUAAUUUUCUCUUUCCCUUUUUCUUCACAGUAUGAGAGAGAAUGAAAAUUGCAGACGCUGAUUCUUUUAAGCUUAUCUAGUACAUUUGUCCUCUUGAACUUUGUAUUUACACGGCCAUCAAACAAGCCUUUUUUUUUUUUACAGCAAAACCAGCAUUUUCCUGCUAACCAGACCCCAUGCCAAAUUUGUGUGAAAAGACGGCUUAGCCUGAGUGAUUCAAGUAGCGCUCAUACAUUUUGAGGGGUGGCGGGGGGAUUGAGGAAAUAUUCAACCGGUAGUUUUAAUGCACAAGGCUUAGUUAGAACAUAGAGAGACAAAAAACAUUCUGUGAAUGAAAUAAUUGUAUGUUCAGAUUUUAUAAGACAUUUUUAAAUGCCCAAUUUACAGCCGUAUAUUUUCUUAUGAUGUAAUUUAUGAAAAAGUCGUCUGUACUUGCAGGUGCUGGGUUAAUGCUAUCGGUGGAGUUUGUUGUUUGGUGAAAAAUAUGUACAUUCUUUCUAAGGGAAGCUACGUACUGUGAUGUAAAAGUCUGAAGCAGGAUGUAUAUAAUCCAUGUACAUAAUUGUGUAUUUGAUUAUAAUUACUGAUUGUAAAGAUUUAAUAAAAUAUGUAAAUAUG